AUGGCUAAGGCUUAUAGAAAAGAAGAUAUUGACUGCAUUAUGUCAAAGGUUGCAAAGGUUGAUCACGGAGUUAAGGAAUAUCUGGAAGAGGCUGGUUAUGAAAAGUGGUCUCGAUGUCACUCGCCUGUUAAUAGAGGCAGAAUGAUGACCUCUAAUAUAGCCGAAUGUAUUAAUGGUUGUUUGGUAGAGGCUAGAGAACUUCCAAUUUUAGGUUUCCUUGAAGAAGUUAGAAUUUUAUUUGCCGCAUGGAAUUAUAAGAACAAUGAAAUUACAUCUUACACCAACACAACACUCGGGAGACGAUUUGAAGAAAUACUGACUCUUAAUGGGGCCAAGGCUUUGUGGAUGACGGUAAAUGCAACUGAUGUAAAGGAUUAUGGUUGUUACUGCUCAGAAUUGUACAUACCAAAUACCAUAGUCAAGACAUAUGAACUCCCGAUAGUUUCAAUGCCCGACAUGAAGGAUUGGAAUGUUCCAUCUUUUGUUGAUAAUGAAGAAGUUGUGCCAUCAAAAUAUAGAAGACCUCCUGUUAGGCCAAAGAAAGAAAGACACUUGAAAUCAAGUGAAUCACUUUCUUCAAGUUCGAACUGUUGCGGUAAACGUGGACGUGCAGGUCACAACCGAAUGACGUGCGAUUUCUUUCCAAAGGAAUCAUGA